AUGGCGAUGCGACAUCGUGUUGGGUGUAUGCUGUCCCUUGCACUUCUUUCGCAGCUUCUCCGAACACCGAACUUCGCGAAGCCCGCUUCCAUAAAGUCAAAGUUCCAACCGGGCCGGGAGGAUCGAGACUUGUAUGUCAAACUCGAACUCGGAGCGGCGGACGAAUCCGAGUCGGUGGAGGGACUUUCCAGCAAAGACCGAGAUCUAAUCAACAGCAUGGUGACUGGUGGAAACAACAGGGAUUGGUUCACGGUCCUACGUGCGUUUGGGGCCUGCAGUCAAACGAUAGCUCCACAAUUCAAUUUCGCAAUGGCGGCCGCUCUGAAAUGUGGACAGUUCAAGAAAGGCAUUGCUAUAUUCGACGAGCUGUGUGCCUCGGGUGUUCGCAAGACAUUGAAAAGCUACUGCUGUGCCAUCAGACUGUCUGGUGAGCUUGGUUCGCGCGAUCGCAUCAUGGCCUUGUGGACGGAAGCACAGCAGGACGCACUAUGGGAGAGUGAUGAGCAAGCACUCUCCCUCAUGUGUGCUGCACUAUAUGCUUCCUCGAAGGUAGGUAAUGUAACAUUCGCAGCAACUUUGCUGGAUCUGAUGCAGAAGAGGGGAAAGCCGCUAAAUGUGAUUGAUUGGAACCAAGGAAUUGAUGCAUGCGCAGUAGCUGGUGAAGCCGGGGCUGCGAGCUUCUUAUUCGAUAACAUGAUUAAAGCAGGCGUCAAGCCGAACAUAAUUUCAUUCGCUCUCUUGGUCGGUGCGCAUAGUGGAAAGCCCGUUGCUCGCAUCUGUGAAGCAGCGAGGCGCUUGAAGGAUCAUGACGUACUGCCAGACUCGGCUUUCUUCGAAGAGCUCGUGUGUGCCAUUUUCGGUGCCCGGCAGCUGAAGAUGAAUACUAUGAUACGUGCGGAGGAUACAAUUGCAGUGGUUCGGGAUGCUUCAGUGAGUCGGAGGGCAGAGGCCUGGCGAGUGAUCCAGGAAGCAAAAGCAGAGGGAUUGCAUCUGAGCAGCCUCGUGCAGCUGUUCGAAGCAUCACUGCAAAAGGUGGCUGGGUUUCCGACGAUAUGA